AUGGCUUCUUCUGAGGUGGCACGGCAUAUGGUCUAUCAGUCUCUUGUGGGAAUCAAAGCAACUUGUGUCACCUCCCAACCAUGCAAAGAAGAAAAGAUAACAGACGAAGACGCUCGUUCUUUAACUAUAACCGGUCAUGUGGGUUUUGAAAGUUUGCCUGAUCAGUUGGUCAACAGGACCCUUCAGCAAGGGUUCUGUUUCAACAUUCUCUGUGUGGGGGAAACUGGAAUCGGAAAGUCGACCCUGAUAGACACGUUGUUUAACACUAAUUUUGAACACUGCGGUUCCUCUCACUUUCACCCCAAUGUAAGACUUAAAGCCCAAACAUACGAACUCCAGGAAAGCAAUGUCCGCUUGAAACUGACCAUCGUAAAUACAGUGGGAUUUGGAGACCAGAUAAAUAAAGAAGAUAGCUAUCGGCCAAUAGUGGAUUACAUAGAUGCCCAGUUUGAGGCGUAUCUCCAAGAAGAAUUGAAGGUUAAACGUUCACUCUUUAACUACCGAGAUUCUCGAAUCCAUGUUUGCCUUUACUUUAUUGCACCUACAGGGCAUUCCCUUAAGGCUCUUGACUUGUUAACCAUGAAGCAUCUGGAUAGUAGGGUAAACAUCAUUCCUGUGAUUGCCAAAGCUGACACAAUUUCUAAAUGCGAGUUGCAGAAGUUUAAGCUUAAACUCAUGAAUGAAUUGGUCUCCAAUGGGAUCCAGUUUUACCAAUUUCCAACAGACGAUGAAACUGUUGCUCAGCUUAAUUCUUCAAUGAAUGGACAUUUACCGUUUGCUGUUGUGGGUAGUACAGAGGAGGUCAAACUUGGAAAUAAGAUGGUGAAAGCUCGUCGGUAUCCUUGGGGCAUUGUGCAAGUGGAAAAUGAAAAUCACUGUGACUUUGUAAAGCUCCGGGAAAUGCUCAUUUGCACAAAUAUGGAAGACCUGAGAGAACAAACUCAUAUUCGACACUAUGAAAAUUAUAGACGUUGCAAACUGGAGGAAACGGGCUUUAAAGAGGUAUGUCCAGAGAAAAAGCCUCUAAGUGUUCUGGAGUCACAAGAAAUCAAAAGGUAUGAUUCCUUUUGUGAACUUCAAAGGAAAGAAGAGGAGAUGAAACAGUUGUUUGUCAAGCGAGUGAAAGAGAAAGAAGCUAUUUUGAAAGAAGCAGAGCGAGAGCUCCAGGCAAAAUUUGAACAUCUUAAAAGACUUCAUCAAGAAGAAAGAAUCAAACUUGAAGAAAGGAGAAGAAAUUUAGAAGAGGAAAUAAGCGCUCUUGGAAAAAGGAAAGCUGCAUGUGAACUAAAAGCCAGCCUUUAA